AAACUCAUUAGUUAAAAGAUCCAAAAAAAUCAGCAGCAGGACGAUUAAAAACAUUUUGAGAGCCAAAUUUCUUUUCAAGAACAUUGUUUUUCGGAAUCAAAACCGAUUUCUGGCCGACUGGCCGAGCCGUACUCAAGCCGCGAUUUGCCGACCACAGGACUAGGACCAUCGAGUCAUCCGGUUAGGGGAGGGUGGGUUACGGUGAGCUCGUAGGUGGCUUACUAGACCGAUCCGUGCUCGGAAUAAUAAUAAUAAUAGCAAUAAAGUUUAUUUGAAAAACACGCUUAUCCCCAAAAGCUCGAAGCGCGGUGCAAAGUCAACCAUAUUAAAAAGAGAAAUAAAAACAAUCUAAAAGUUACCACAUUUAAAAACAGACGCAACAAUAUAAAGCUACAUAUGAGCAUACCCAGCCAAAGUCUUUCAUCCCGUUUCAACCAUAAGCAAAACAAGCCAAUAUACAUUAACUGAAAAAGAUGGUAGAUAGCAUCACCCCAGAAGGUGUUUGCGAAAUAGAUGUGUUUUUAAAUCGGUUUUAAAGGACUCCAAUGUCUGGCUAUUUCUGAGAGCCACUGAAAGUGCAUUCCAAAUUGUUGGGCCGGCAAAUGCAAAAGUAAGUCUCAAGGCGAACACACAGUAUCGAUAUUUUGCCACUAUCUCUGGCACCGCGGGCAGGGGAUAGUUGCUGUAGACGGUGAACUAAUGUUGCUCUUUCGGGAAGCCUGCGUGUCUCGGCUGUGGUUAUCCUAUUAGCUUCAUGAGAUUUAGUCCACUUCUGGACAUAUGCUCUCCACCUGGCUCUGUCCUGGGCUGGCUGCACCCAUUGAGUAGGUUUGAUGCUGAAGACCUUUAGUGCAGCUUUCAGUGACACUGUAAUCGCUUUUUUUUUUACCUCCUUGGGAGCGCUUGCUUACAGUCACAAAAAAAAUAAGAAAAUAUACUACAAAUACAAACGUUCGUAAUCUGAAACUGGUCCAACAUUUCAAACAUAGGCCCUAUAAAUCAUUUGCCGAUUUUGGCUAAGCAGAUUUGUCAAUCUAAUUCCUUCAAGCUUCUAGUCCAUCUUUCCUUACUUAUCAUCUUUUCUCCGACGUUUUGCUGCUAGUUAAAUAAUACAUUUUAAAAGAUCGAACUCAGCUACUGACAGACAAGAGUAAGAUUUUAGAAAGAUGGGCCGAACAAUUUUUUCAAGUCCUUAACUGUUCAUCUGCAGCAAACUAUAUUCUCAUUGCUUGCUUACCAUAGGUGGAGAUCAACCAAGAGCUAGACAACAGUCCCCAUUAAAGGUGAGUCGGGAGGGCAAUCCAGCAACUCUCCUCAAAUAAAGCUACAGGACAAGAAGCACAUCCUGUUGAAAUCUACAAAGAGGGAGGCUUUAAUAUAGAAAUUUGCACAUCCCUCUUGCUGUCUUCUCGGAUACUACAUUUCAGCUAAGUGUUAAAAUAAAUUAAUGCUGUAUUUACUGUAAUUUGUUCGCUGACGUGUCUUCUUGCCGAUACAUUCGUUGUUUUGUUGAGUUCUUAUUAAGUGCGAACGCACUUAAAGGUUAUUUGUGAUUUAUAUUUAAAUAAAAUUAUACUAUAAACGAUGAUACCUGUGUGUUAGAAGGUGCAAUUUUGUUACUUCUCCAGGAAUUACAUUUAGUUUUUAAUGUUAAAAAAAAGAGAAGUUCAAAAUUUUAUUUCAUGAUGCAAGCCAUAUAAUGAAAAGGCAGUAGGAGAUUCUGCUUCAAAUUUAUUGUCCAAACUAAAUCUUUAAUAGGAGCACACAGUGCAAGACAUUGGGAAAACAAACAAAAACGUACCAAACUUGAAAUACUUAGGUGAAAAUUUCAUUUAAGUAUUUUAAUGAAUUAAAUUUAAAUAUUUGCUAUUUGCAAAAUAAUCUAGUUUAUUUGGAAUGCAUAGAAAACGACGAAUAGUAUAACUAAGUAGAAUUUUUAUACACUUAUUAUUUUAAAACCAUGACUAUGAGGCUUUUCAUUUGUUUCAUUCCCCUCCUAGACUACAUUUGAAAUAUUUUUUUACUAAUCAAUUAUCUUUAAAUUAAAUGGGUAGAGUAAUUGCUUCUGAUAGAUACACAAAUUAAUUAAAAAUUGAAAGUUAUUUGAAAUCAGAAAUUUUUAGGUCUUCCCUGAUUCAGAUUAUAUAGGAUCAAAUUCAAUUUUUUAAAAAAAUUUCUGAUGGAUCACAACUAAAUUUACAUUUAUCUAGAUGUUGGUAAGUAGACUUUACUUUCUUUGAUUUUUGUAGAUGUAGUUGUAGUGGACUUGGCGAUAAACAUCCGUUUCGACGGUUGUUUAGGAAGCCUGCCUGCCUUGAAUUCUAACAAGGCUACCGUUCUAACAAUUGUUUAUCCAAUUGUCUGCGCUUUAGCAAGCAAAUAGGUUACAUUAGUGGUGCGUAUAGUAACCAGGGUAAAGUAUCGUUUUGGUAUUUUUUUCCUUUCAGUAUCAGUAACUGUAACUAAUUAACUAAUUAGACUAAUUUAAAUUAAAGUUAAAUUAAAGUCAAAGUAAUUAAUUAGUGUUGAAAUCUUAAUAUUAAAUAGUCUAGUCUAGUUUGUUACCGUUUAAAAAGUGUUUAAAUUAAUAGGCAUAAUAUUUAAUAUUAUUAAUAUUGAACGUUGUAACUUUUAACUAGGAACCAUCCAUAAAUGAUGUCACAUUAUUUUGGACAAUUUUUAACACCCCCCCCCCCCUUUUUUUUUUUUUCUUCUUCUAUCAUUAGAAAUCACCAAAAAAAAAAAAAAAUGUAGACACACUCAGACUGGUCACAAAUGCGUUGUAAUUAUCCCAUAGACGUUGUAAUUAUCCCAUAGACUUAGACGCAAUCUAUACUUUAGUAACCCCAAAAAUAUAAAAUUUUCAUAUGAGGUAAGGAUGGCAGCCGCUCCAAGUGCCUACCUUAAGAGGGCACAAAAUUCCUAAAUUUUCAUGCAAAAUAUGUUUAAUAUUAAAUUACAAGUAUUUCAUGUAUGUUCAAUAUUAUUUGUGGUAUGCACUGAAAGCUCUUCCGUUAUUACAGGUUAUCGUUAUUACCGAUUAUCUAGGUGUAUUUAUUAAAGAAAACAUUAAGGAUGAGAGCAAGUUAAAAAAGUAGGUUAAGUAGGCCUAUUUUAUUUAUUUCAAAUUCUUUAUUAAAUCUUACUAUAUUAGCUUGCUUUUUGUUCAUUUUACCAGUAUCCGGCAAUGUGUGCUUUAUGGUCACCACAAUAUCAUCUGGUUAGCGACCUUUAAAUUACUACCAUUAUGAAAUAAUUUUCAUGUCAAAUAAUAUAAAAUAUCAUAUAUGUAAAAGUAAGUUAAGUCAUUAAAUUCAAUUUAUUUAAGGGACCAUCAUGCUGUUUCGUAAAUUUUUGUCUCUUUCUCUCCCCAUAGUGUCACACAUCAUCACAAAUAUGUGAAACCCUGCCCCUCUAGGCUAUAAGCCUAUCAUUUAUGGAUGGCCCCUUAUUAAAUAGAUGGAAUACCAAAUAUACACAUUCUAAAGCCAAAUUUAAAAAAAAAUCAUUUAACAUCCUUAUUCUUAGCCACACCAAAAGACCACUGUCAUAUUACAGAAAUAUUGAUUCCACUGUGAGACAGCGAUCAGGAAUGGAUAGCUAACCCUUUUGAAUAAUCAUAAGAAACAUGUGAAAUGCCUUUGGAAACAAACUCAGGUAUGUGGUUGUGAUAAGAUGAGAGAAAAUUAUUGUAUUGAUCCAAAUAAAUGGAAAAAUGUUAUUUAAUUAUAAUUUUCAGCCCUCAGAUUCUUACCAUGACAACAUUUUGAACUAGAACAAUUUAAAGACAAGACAUCUUAUUUAUUUUUCAAACAAAAAUUAGGCAUCAUAUAUCAUAAAACUUUACUCCCUUGUUGACAAUGCUGAUUUUUACUGUGAUUAUUUACAUUUUUUUAACAGCUCUUAAAGUCUAACAGAUUGGAGGAACAAAUUAAUUUUUAUAAUUUUGGUUCCCAACUUUGAGGGAAAGAAUUUGCCUAGCUUGGCCUGAUCUAAGGCAUCUGUGAUGAAGUGGGUGCGACAUCAUUUAUCUGGCAUGCAAGAACCUGUGUGGGUUGUUGGAUAACUUUUGUGGUCUGCCUGAUUUGCUUAAGAAGCUAAAAGAGAAGCAAUGCAAGGCAAUAGCUUCAAUAGAGAGUUGGUGGCUGAAAUAAAAAUUUAGUUCAUUUACAGAUUUUUAAAAAUAAAAUUGUUUAAAAAAAAAAUUAAAUAGCUUUCAUUUAUUAAGCAUUUGAUUUGUUUCCUGGUCAAGUUUAUUGCUCAAAUUUUAAUGCUACCAACCCAGGGGCUCUUUUUGGCAUUAACCUUCAUCAUGCUUCAGCAAAAAACGCUUUUUCAUUGUCAUCAACUACCAGUAAUUUAGUCUUGAAGGUUCUUUAUUUUAGGUUAGAGUCACAGCUAUUAAUCCUAUGUAUACUCUGCAUGCUUUGCAGAUCAAGAGACAUAAGAUUAAUUAUUUUAAUGACAUUUGAAAUUUAGGAUAUGGUAAGGAUGUUAGAUGUGUUAUGAACACUUGUUUGUAUGGAUUCUAACAGGGAGCUGGAUAGCACAGGGAGCUGGAUAGCUAAGAGUUGUCAUACCUCAUACUCAAAAACAUCACCAAUCCAAACCACAUGAAAUAGCAACAGUUACACAAUAAAUCUCUACACCAAAUUGGCUCACUAAUCAAGUAUUAUAAAACAUAAACCAAAACAUACCCAUGGAAUAAAUCACAAACAAGAUGUACUUUAAUGAAUCUCAAAUAUUUUUUUGGAUAUUUAACCAAGUAGAUAAAGAAAAUAAUUUGUUCCCCAAUCUAUCAUAGUUCUCAGAUUAACUUAGGCAGAGGUAAUGGUUCUGAUGACAUAGGAUAGUUGUUUUUUUGAGAAUUUAAGUUGAAUUGAUUUAGUUUAUUUUUGUUUUUUUUAAAUUUAACUAAGCAGCCUUUCAAUGUCUGUUAUAUUAUUAAAUAUGCUGAAAAUGAACCUGCACAAUGUCAUGACAAAACAUUUCAUUUGUAUGGACCAGUAAAGGAAUUUUUGUUAACUUAACCUAAAAAUUCUAAAAAAUUGUGAUUUUGGGUGGCAUUCCAAAACUACAGUUGUUGCAAGCCCUGAGGAUUAUCUAGAUUUGAACUAAUCAUGAUUUUUAACAAUUUCCUUUAGGUGGCGGGAAGAAGUUCCUCUACUCUAGUCCUGGUAAAUCUCAAGUCACAGAGAAUGUUAUCUUUCCAGUAUCUACCAAGGCCAGUAACUCUCCAAGAGGUCUGUGACAGUAGGUUGUAUCACCCCAUUUGUUAUUAAUGCAAGCAGUAAUCCAAAAUGGCAGUUUUUCACUAGUAUAUCUUUGUAAUUUUAUUCUCAAUGAUUGCCUACGACUGAAGUAUAUUUAGCUAUUGGAAUUCUGUUUUUUUAGAUAGCUGUUGAAUGUUUGAAUGUGUCAUGAGGACUGUAUAAAAACGUAUUGAUUUCAACAACAUUUAAAAAAUAUAAGUAGAUAUAAAUAUAACAAGUCCAUGGGUGUAGUUGAUACUGUUUUUUAAAAAUUAUAAUUCCAAUGCUAGUGUACAUCCAAAUCACAUUUGAGAAUGUAGUAACUCUUAAAGAUACACUACAGAAUAUCACCAUGCUAAUUAUCAGGCAAACUUAAUAAAUUACUGUGUUACUAUAAGAUUAGCUUAUUUUUCCCCCUAGAAAACCCUUUAAUGAAAGUUUAGUUGUGCCAUGAGCUCAACUUUUUUUAAAAUCAGAUUUUAAUUACUUCUUACGACAUUUUCACCAACAGGGUUAUCUGUGGAUCUGGACAGAGUGUGGAGCAUAAGAAAUGUUGGUCUUAACUCAGUUGGCAGGACAGUAACACCUGAACCUGCUGGCUUAAAACAUGAAACCAUCGGACGGAAUGCACCUGUUGGUUUUUAUUCUCGGCACGGAGGAAUGAGUGGUGAGUUCAAUGGCACUUGAAAGAUUAGGGGCAGAGAGGGAGGCACCUGUUUUCUUUACAUGGAGUGGCAGCUAUUUCAGCCGGAUACAGAGUUUUUUCUGCGGAAGGGGGUGCAUUAAAAUUAUUGGCCCGCACUAACCCUCGCUACGCCAUUGGGUGGUAGCACCUAGAAGUUUUAUUUAUCUUCUCUCAAAUGAUUGUCUGGAAAGCUUAAACAUUAGAUAUCUAGGCACACUAAGUUGGCUGCUCUGUUCCAUUUUUCCACAUCCCUCAAGAAUUGCUACAUAGCUGAAUAAGUGAGACACAAACAAUAUAUGUAAAUAAAACAAUAUGUCAAUCUUUAAUCAUGAUUACAUAAUGUACAGAUUCAAACAUUGUGGCGAAUGCCUUCAUCAGUGCUGCAAAAAGCAUCAAUGUAAUUAUAAAUUAAAUUAACAUGAUAUAUAUAUAUAUUUAUAUAUAUAUAUUUUAUCCAACCUAUACCUUAAAUAAAGGAAAAGAAUAAGAAUGGGCACAAGUCCCUAAUGAAAAAAAAGAUCAGAAGAAAGGAAAAAACCUAGCUGGGCUGACAAGGCCAUUCCGUCUGACUAUAACCUCAUCCCUGGAAAAACCCCAGACAUAUUCAAGUAUUUAGUUUAGUUCACAGUACUUGUACGUUCUAUUCAAAAUUGCUCUCUUAAAUGGUAAAACAUUCACUAUUGCACCAUCAUAAAUAUCUGCAUUGUCAAAUGGUUGAAUGAUUUAGGGCAACCAGAAAAGAAAUUUAGCAAAAUGAACUGCUAAAAUGCUCUUCACAGCAAAUAGAAUCUUAAAAGUACUUUUAAUGUCAUCAAGGGAGAAAAUUAAUUAAUAUACAGGGGAACCCCGCUAUAAUGCGAUGAUCGGGGUCCAUAAAAUCGGAUCGCGUUAAAAGCGGGGUUGCGUUAAUGCGUGGUUUACUUUCGUUCUUAGCACAGUGGGAAUCCCUUACGUAUUAAUAUUUAUAGUUCUACCGGAAGAAAGCCUCGUUUUCGGCAUUAAUUUUGAUACUAGUUUGAACGUGGUGCAUUUAGGGGCUCAUUUUCUACGAUAUUUUGAAAAGUUGUGAUUUUCGGUUUAAAAAAUAGCUUUUUAAGCAAUGGAUAAAAUUUUCAAAGAACUUAGGCCUGAUGGAGUAAAUGAAUUUCAAAUUUCGAGAGCCAUGCUACAACCGUGUUAUAUCCGAAUUCGCAAUAUGGCGCGGCACGUUAUAGCGGGGUUCCACUGUACAGUCGUCCCUUGCCACUUUGCGCUUCCAUUUUUUCAUGGCUUCACUCUAUUGAAUUUUUUUUUCAAAUAUAAAUAUAUGUAUUCAUUAAAAAGUUGAUUGAGAUAGUGAAAAUGAUACAGCGCAUGCUCUGUUGUCUGAGUCAAUUAUUCACCCCUGUAUUACAAUUAAAAAUACUGUACGUUUGGAAUGUAGGCCUUUGUAUUUGAGCAUCCCAGGGGUCUAAUAAUGUUAAAAAUCAUAUUUAGAAAGUCCUGAACAGAUUUUCUAUGCUCUAACUAAGAAAAUAUUCAAUUUAUAAAUAAAGCAUCCUACUUCAUGGAAGUUCCCUUAUCGUGGUAGGGUCUGGAAGCGAUUAACCGUGAUAGACCAGGGAUGACUGCAAACAGAAUGUGAGGCUGGGAAUGCAUCUUUAAAUAGACAUCAGCAAAUACAAUGAAAAUUAUAUCAAAAUAAUCAUAAAUAACUCUGUCUCAAUGAGAAACCACCUUUGUUUUGUAUGUUGAAGUUUUUCCCUCUACAGUCAACAUUGUUGUGCUAGAUUUCAAAGGCGUCCAAGACUUUACAAAAAUAUGAUGGACAUUAACAGCAGAUCUUGAAAGGAAAAUAAAGGCGGUAGAGAUGAGAUGCUUCAGAAGCAUUUUUGGCAUCUGCUAUAGGGACCAUAUCUCCAAUGAUAAAGUGAAAGAAAAGGUUCGUCAGGCAAUUGGGCAGUAUGAUAACCUACUGGUGACUGUCAAAAAAGGCAAACUACAAUGGUAUGGCCACAUAACAAGGAAACAAGGGCUUGCCAAAGAAAUAUUGCCGGGCACUACAAGAGGAGGGAGAAGUAAGGAAGACAAAGAAAAAGAUGGGGGAUAACAUCAAAGAGUGGACAGGACUAAAACUGGGCGAUGUUGUGUGCUGUGCUGAAGACAGAGACGAAUGGAGGAGGAUAGUUCACAUGUCAUCUGUGGCGCCCCAACGGUCCAAGGACUAAGAACAUGAUGAUGAUGUUGAUGAUGAUGAUGUGCUUUCUGCCAUGGUGGACUAAAUGCUACGAGUUAAAUAAUUUAUUUUUUAUUUUAACUCAGGCUAACGCAAUUGCCUGAAAUAAUCUUUCUUGUAUCAUGCUUGAGAGACAUUUUUCACCUAACAAAAAGCUUAUAGAUGUGAAUGUUUCUUGAGUUAAGGAGAUACUUUAAAAUUUAAUUUCUUUCAGGUCGCACAGGCAGUCCACUAAAUGGUGCAUAUCCAUCUCUGUUAUCUGGUGAGUUGGGAGUGCAUUAAUCAGUUAGCUUGUGUGUGGCUAGAAUCUUUUCUCUGAUUUUUCUUCUUUAUUAAAGUAAAACAAAUCAGUUUAACCACUCUUUAAUUUCAGUACUAUGUGACUUUUAAAUAAUUUAAAUUACUUUGCAUAUCUAUUUCACUACAGCCAUUAGUAAAAAGUUAAUUUAACAAAUUCACCAUAGCUCACUUUAUAAGGCUUGAAAAAUCUUGCAUUUAAUAAUUCUUAUUGCAUUUAAUUAAAUAUCAUUUUUUUCUUCUCUAGCAAGUAACAAUUUUCUCUAAAAAAAAAUAUUUUUUUAAAAAAAUUUUAUAAUUAAAUGUAUAAUAAUAAUUUAAUAUCAAUAUUUUGACAGGACCGAAGUGGUCAAGUUCAGGACACAAUUUUUCUCAGACUUCUCAUUUCAACAGUAAGCCACAAACACCCGCUUCACGGUCGGAGAAACAAUGGAAUGAUUCAAAUCACCACCGUCAGAAACAAGGGCCUGGAGAUGACGUCUAUGACUUCUGAUGUAUUGAACAGGAGAUGAUGUUCUAACUUAUAAUGUGUUGUAAAUGAGAUGAUUUACACAACUUCUAAUGUGUUGAACUGGAGAUGAUGAGCACAACUUCUGUGUUGAACUUGAGAUGAUGUACACAACUUCUGUGUUGAACUAGAGAUAAUGCAUGUCACCUCUAAACACAUUCUGAUGAUUUUAAAUUGUUAUUUCUUUGUUAGAUGAGACUCUCAAUGACUUGUGUUUACCGCAGGCAUUUGAUAUCUUUUGAAAGAGAUUAUAACUUUUUAACAAGUGUGAUUUUCAUAAGCUGUUGAACACAAUCAAAAUGAUUUAAAAUUUAUAUCUUGCUUGUCACAUGCUAUAAAUAAUAUUAUACCCACCAUUGACCGCUUCACUACCUCAAGUUUUCAAUUAAAAGAUAACAUGAAGGUUUUCAUCUCCAGAGUUACGUAAAACGCCAUGACAACCAUUGAUUUCAAGAUAUCCAGGGAAUUUUAUUUUACCUUCAUGAAUCUAUGACUAAUAAAUGUGUGCAAAGGUUCGAUUUGUUUUGUAUGCUAAUCUAGUAUAGCACAGGAGAAGCUUAAGACCCCAGGGUUGCUUUAUUGUGUGACUAUUGCACAAGUAUACGAACUAUAGUUACUGCUUGUAGCAUCAAACAUAACAGAAACCAUGGAUACACUGCUGGCACUUGUUUUUUUGAGGUAAAAGUAAAUCUAAUUUAACUGAAAUGGUCAGCCUGUGGGUGGUGCAUUUCAAAACAUGUUCCACCGUGCACAGAUCUUGGUUGCUAGGAAAGCUUUACCCCCAACAAAAAAAUUAAUUUAGCAAUUGCUAAAUAAAGUAUCAUGUAUUUUUCCCUUUAUUUUUAACCUGACAGCAGCAAUUAAUCUUAACUGUUCAGGUUCAUCAUAACAACGCCAUUUCUUAUAGAAAUAUGACUAGUAACUUAAUAUUUGUUAUUACUUUGCCACUAUUGAGUCUUAUUCCAAGAAAAAUUGACAGAUAAUGAAAAUGGCAGGAACCUUGAGCAGGAAAGGAAACACAUUAUUUAAUUGUACUACAUGUUCCACCAGUAAAGAAUUAAAAGUACAGGGUACUUUUACUUCUUUAAUCCUGAAUCCUUAUUUAGUUGUACUACAUGGGCCAGCAGUAAAGUACCGGUACAGUGUACUUUUACUUAAAAAAAUUCUCAGUCUCUCAUGACAAGCAAUUUUAGCUUAAACUUGAAACAGCAGACAUGAGGCCAACCACCUCAGACAUUAACAGAACAUCUGAGGGUGAGAGGCUCAUCGACAGCAACACUCUACCACAGCUGCUCAUCAAUGUCGGUGACAAAAUUGCACACAUUUAUCGCAUACAUUUACAUAUUAAUAUUAGAGAUGUUUGAAGAGGGUUAAUAUGCUGCACUGAUAUGACACUGUGCUGUACGAUUUUUAUGGAACAUUUUUAGUUUUGUUAGUCACCAGUUAAUCUUGAUGAAUUUUGAUUGAGAUUGUACCACAAACGUUUGCUUGUCAAAAGAAAUGGACACAUUUUUUUUAUGUUACCAAAUUAAAUUUGCUUCUUAGACACUUUUGAUAGAUGAGGCAGGAAGACUGUUUUGACUUUUUAACUGAGGAGAGCCCAGAGCAACUUGUAUGUAUGACACUAAAUUAAUAUUUUUUUGGGUGUUUUUAAUGCAUUUACUUUGGUGGUGGGGUAGGGGAGUAGGGCUAAAUUUCAAUUAUGAAAAAAAUGUAAAAAGGUUAUAAAAAAAACAACUUAGUCUUAUUAUGAUGUCAUUUUGAUGAAUUGAACAUCUUAAGAAAAUGGAUUGGAAAAGAAAAAAAAAAAAAACAGUUAUUUUAUAGCUUGAUUUCUCCAUAAAAUUCUUACCACAGUGUUAUCUAAUAAAAAAAAUGCAAUCUGAUAAAAAAAAUGCAAUCUGCCAUACUAUGAAUUUCUUUAGUUUUAUUUUCCAUNUCUUCUUCUAUAUCUUAAGGGCCCACGAUCAAUUUAUUGAUCAUUUUGGCUCCUAUGCAUGUAGAUGGGAUUUGCAAUGUUUCUGUUACUGGUGGUGAUGAGGAAAUUAUGCACUAGAGGUUUGAAGGCUUGAGGCAAUAGACACAAAUGUGUCUAGUGUUGUCGC